AAGGGUGUGCCUUGAACAGAACAAAUUGCUUUUGGUUAAAUAAAACUUAGCCUGAGCAAUGGAGUUCUUGAAUUAAAACUUGAGCCAUCUUCCACCAGAAAAUACUAACCUUCACGUGUCCGUUGCUGGGCUUCCUGUUUGUACUUAGUGUGAGAAUCAAAAUGCCCUGAGAAGCUGGGGUGAGACUCUUCGCUGAAACCAGUGAAUAGAAGACAUCUUGCAAGGCUUCCGCUGCAAAGAUGCACCAACUGGAUUUCCAGAGUGGAAUCCGCAUGAAGGUAAAAGGCUGCCUGUCCCAUCCAGUCCUCUUUCUGCUGCCAAGAUAACCAGUUCACCUGAUUUGUGAAGAGAAGACCAUGCGUAACCAUACAGCCAGACAUCAUCAGAGCAGUUGUAACUUGGAACUUAGCCGUCAAACAGAAAACAUGCUUCCUCUCUGUUGCAGCAGCUGCCGGAGCUGAACUCUAUCCAGGUAAUUUACAUACAAAAAGAAUUGCUUAGAGAACCUCCCACCAAACUUCACCUGCUGUGCACAACAGACAAGACAAUACAAGAAACAACCCCAAGGACCAGAGGAUACGUGGUCAGAGGCGACACUCACUGUGGGUCACAACCCAACUGCUGAGCCACAGGGAAAAUGCUACCAGGAACCAGCUCAGAUAAGAUGUUUGGAGAUUGGUUGGUCGCUUUCUUCAGAAGAAUAUUUACUACAGCUCUGCUCUUGCCAUAAUACCAGAAUUCUGUGAUCCACACUUCAGUGCUAAACACCAGGAGAGAGUCGUAUUUUAGUCAUUCUGUCUUGAUGGAACAGGCAUCAUCUUGAAAGCCCAUCAUAUUUCACAGCAGCUUAUUUGAUUUUUCUGGGAUCAAAGGUGCUCAGUGAAUCAGGGCCCCCCCCCAAUGAGUCAAACAGCCAAUUCUGACCAACAGCUGGUUGAAAACAGUGCUGUGCAUGUAGCAGGGAUGGCGCAAGAGGAAAGCCGUCGUGGUCAAGUGCCACCCACAUUUUAUCAUGCUUCCAGUCAGGAACUUGAUCUGUCCACCAAAGUGUACAAAAGAGAGUCAGGAAGCCCUUACUCUGUGUUGGUGGACAGCAAAAUGAGUAAACCACAUCUCCAUGAAAGAGAGGAGCAGCCAUAUUUCAGGGAGAACAGAUCAGUGGGAGAGGUCCGGGCUGUGAAAGAAGAUAGAGAGAACUCUGACAACUCUGAGGAGGAAGAAGAGGAGGAAGAUGAAGUGACUUACAAAAGGGAGCAGAUUAUAGUGGAGGUAAACCUUAACAACCAAACAUUAAAUGUAUCAAAAGGGGAAAAGGGUGUCCCCUCCCAGUCCAAAGAGACUGCUGUUCUUAAGACCAGCAGUGAGGAAGAGGAGGGUGACAGUGGGGAAGAGGCCACUGAAGACAGUAAUGAUGAUGAGGAAAAUGAGAGGCAGAAGAAAAAAGAGAAAAGAGUGGAAAAAGUUAGUGUUACCCAAAGGAGAACAAGGAGAGCUGCAUCUGCUGCAGCAGCCACAACUUCUCCUUCACCCAGAACUACAAGGGGCCGUAGAAAGAGUGUGGAGCCCCCCAAGCGUAAGAAGAAAGCUGCAAAGGAGCCCAAGGCACCUGUGCAGAAAUCAAAGUGUGAAGAAAAGGAGACUUUGACCUGUGAAAAGUGCCCCAGGGUGUUUAACACACGCUGGUACCUGGAGAAGCACAUGAACGUCACUCACAGGCGUAUGCAGAUCUGCGACAAGUGUGGGAAGAAAUUUGUUCUAGAAAGUGAGCUGUCCCUUCACCAGCAAACAGACUGUGAAAAAAACAUUCAGUGUGUUUCCUGUAAGAAAUCAUUCAAGAAGCUCUGGUCUCUCCAUGAACACAUCAAGAUUGUUCAUGGAUAUGCAGAGAAAAAGUUCUCCUGUGAGAUCUGCGAAAAGAAGUUCUACACAAUGGCCCAUGUGCGGAAGCACAUGGUUGCACAUACAAAGGAUAUGCCAUUUACAUGUGAAACCUGUGGAAAAUCAUUCAAACGCAGUAUGUCGCUCAAAGUGCAUUCCCUACAGCAUUCUGGAGAGAAACCUUUCAGAUGUGAGAACUGUGAUGAAAGGUUUCAGUACAAGUACCAGCUGCGUUCCCACAUGAGCAUCCACAUUGGGCACAAACAGUUCAUGUGCCAGUGGUGUGGCAAAGACUUCAACAUGAAACAGUACUUCGAUGAGCACAUGAAAACACACACUGGAGAGAAGCCUUUUAUCUGUGAAAUCUGUGGCAAAAGCUUCACCAGCCGCCCAAACAUGAAGAGACACCGCAGAACUCACACAGGGGAGAAGCCUUACCCAUGUGAUGUGUGUGGCCAGCGAUUUCGCUUCUCCAAUAUGCUCAAGGCGCACAAGGAGAAGUGCUUCCGAGUCACAAGCCCCGUUAAUGUGCCACCUGCUGUUCAGAUCCCACUUACCACAACUUCUCCUGCUUCCGCAGUCCUUUCUGUAGCAAACACACCCACCUCCCCAACUCCACCCAUUAACCUGAACCCAGUGAACACGCUCCCGCCACGUCCCAUCCCACAUCCAUAUUCACACCUUCAUCUCCACCCUCACCCACACCAUCCACACCAUCUCCCAGUCCCCCCAGUCCCUCAUUUACCCCCACCUCCAGCCCUUUUUAAGAGUGAGCCUUUAAAUCAUAGAGGCCAGAGUGAGGACAACUUUCUGCGACACCUGGCAGAAAAAAACAUUUCAGCACAACACCACUAACACCUUUGCCUCCUGCCAGCUGUUUUUCCUGUUUUAUGCACAUGGAAACGUGCCCUCCUGGAAAUUGCAGAGGGAGAGCUCGUGAAGAUCUUUCAAUCUCUCCUGGUACUCCCAUGAAUCAGUUAACGAACAAGAAAAUUCUAUUGGAUCAGCAGUGAUCAUUUGAACCAGGGGAACCAAAGGGACUGAAACCCAAUUUGCUUGCGUUCUACUGAUGACUUUUAUAAAUUUCAAAUACUGAGACUUGUGGAAUUUUAUAAUUUCAUAUCAGCUGAUGAGGUAUGCUUGCUUUUAUAUCCUGGACUUCUCCUCAAAGAGGGGAUGGGCCUGGUUUCCUUUGUACUAAUCGGAAAGGCUGUGAGAUUAAUACAGAGCAUUAAUUGUAUCACUGUGUAUCGUAAUGAAUUCUUUUCAGCUUUUCGUGCCGGCUACAGAGUGAGCCAGCCACGUAUCACAGUAUAUCAAGCAUUAUAGAGAAAGACAAAAAAAUUUGUUUGUGUAGCUCUCCUAACGCACUCUUUAUUUUACUACAGAAAUUAUUUUAGAGUUUUUUGUAUAGACCUAUUUAGUAGUCUGUUUCUAAAAUGAAAUGUAUUUCAAUAAGCGGUGUAAUUUUUUCAGUGUAGCUGGACCUAUGUUGUAUAAUAGAUAAAAUUUUAUAAUCAUCAAAACGUGAUUCUAAAAAGAUGCAAAUAGCUUCUAUAGUUAAAGUUAUUCUUACAUCCAUACAACUCAAAAGGUGCUUCAGAGAAGAGAGGGACCCAAGAGGUCUCUGGCAAGGCUGCCUCAGAAGUGGUGUUGAUUUCAGAACUUUUAUGUAAUUUAUUUAGUAGUUUUUAAACCUUACCUUUCCCCUUCCACAGUGUCUCUUAGGCUUAUUGAACAAAGACAUUGAGUUACCAUACUCCUGCUCUACAAGUUUCACUUAGUUCAGUUAGAUGGAAGUGUGGAAUGGGUUAGAAAGGGACACACCCGUUGGGUGAAGAGACUCAACAGCUCAUGAGUUACGAAGUCACAGGUGAGUGAGAUAUCUGACUUAGGAGAGGGAAAUAAACUAUCUCAAGUCAGCCAAGCAUAUCUUCUUUGGUAUAGGAAGGCCUGGUUUUAAUGUUUGUUUAUGAUAUGAUUUUAAUUUUGGGAUCAUAUCAAAUGCUGCUCAUUCAGAUUGCUAUUUUUAAAUUCCUGGAUUUAGGAGAGGGGAAUUAAGUUAGAUUCACAAAUGUGGUGUUUGGUUGAUUGUAAGAAUGAGAAGAGGAGAAAUUUGAAUGGGAAAAUGGUGUUUAAGUAGACACAUUGCUGAGAAAAUGCAGUAUGUAUCCACAGUAUGGAGCUCUGUCCCAUAAACGUGACACAUUCAGACAAUAUGGGAUGAUGCUGAGGGGUUCAUAGUCCCCUUUUUUGGGCAAAUCGGAGUUUGACAGUUGUAGGUUAGAAACCUUUGAAUUUAGACAAGUCACUGUUUCAUAAUCUUGUGAGGCACUGAGUGAGUGGCAAAUGACAAGUUUGGUGCAGAGGUGGUGGGCUUGGAAGGCCAAAUGUAUCUGUUUUAAUCAGUGAGUGGUGGUUUUUCAGGUUUGUAUUUUUGUUUAAAUGACAUUGAAUAUAGCAGCAUUAUGCAAUCUAGGUAAUUGUUGCCACCUUCAAUGAAGACACAGAGGCCCAAGGCCAUUGUACUGUAAGUUUCAAAAAUGUUUCCUACUAUUUUGUGCUGCUUUGUAAAAUGAAUCCCACCCAAACUCCAUCUCCAAAGACCCCAAUAGACAGACUGCCAUUUUAGUUAAUGGACUGGGCUUUUGUGGCUGAUCGAUACCUUCAAAGUAGCAGAAAUGGUGGGAAUUCUUCCUAGCAUUAUUUCUUCAAGUUUAAUGCUGUUCACUAUUUUUUUGAAACACCACAUUUUCCGUCUUUUGGGAAUUAGCUCCUUAGUUGAUAUUUUACAAACUUUCUGCCAUCUAAUCGUUAAUGCUUUCUUUUUUCAUAGGAAAUUUUAGGAACAGGAAUUAGGCCCUUUUGGGCCAACAUACUCAUUUUUGACUGAACUGAACGUACCCCCCAUUUCUGAAAAAUAAAAGAAUGCGGGUUUUUUAAAUGUUUCUCUACAAUAUUUAUAUACACCCUUUAUCUUCUAGGUGAUAAAGCCACUCAUGAUUAUGACUGUUGUAUUUACGGUGGCAUGUCCGCCCAGGAAAGUUCUAUGCAUUCCAUGUCACAUUUACACCCUACGUUUCUGUUGUGCCACGAUUUUGUGGUCAGGCCUGUUAUUAAAUGGUUUUUAAAUGCUAAAACAAAAUCUUGGUAAAUGAAUUGUAAUCCGGUUUUUAAAAAUGAUUUUCUUCUCAAUAAAUUUACAGUAUUAGGCUGCUAUUCAAAA